AUGUCAACUGGUGUGGUUUCUCCCGUGUCUGCGGCCAUGUUGCGGCCCUUAACGCUCGAAGCUGGCGAGAUCCAGCACACCUUCAUGGUGCCAACUGGUCUUUACACAAACACGAUGCAGCUUCGUGACCAGUUUGUUCGCAAGAAACUCAAUCCGGACGAGCUUCUUCCCAGUGAUCCCGCUGAACUGGUCGGCUCCUUUUUGGGAUACACUGCGCACGUGGUUGAAAGCGAACCUGGUCCCUUUGACGACGUCCUGCCAAUCGUUCUCAACGAGUUCGAGGCGCGCUUCCUUAUGGGCAAUGACGUGCAUACCCUGGCGGCAAGCUUGGAGGUCGAGGAUCCAGAGGCGAUUGUUAGCGCCUAUUUGGACGCUCGCCGCAUCGCUCACCGCCCGAUUCGCGCUCAUGCGUCAGCUCUCUUGCGGGAAGUUGAGGACGAUAACGCUCAUCUCAGUGCAAUUUUCGGUGGCCAGGGUAAUUCAGACGAAUACUUCAAGGAGCUUCAGCAAUUGUACAAAACUUACCAGGGUCUUCUCACCCCUUUCCUCACUUCGGCAUCCAAAUUACUGCGCACGCUUGCCUUGGAACACCAAGAUGCCAGUAAGGUCUACACUGAAGGUUUGGAUGUCUUGGCCUGGGUCAAAGAUGAAGCUACCUGCCCCAAGAAUGACUACCUCCUUUCUGCAUCGGUCUCUGUGCCUGUAAUCGGUGUCAUUCAGUUCUGUCAUUACAUCGUCACAUGCCGUGUUCUUGGCCUUACUCCAGGCCAGUUCCGUGAACACCUCACAUCAACUACUGGUCACUCUCAGGGUAUCGUCACAGCUGUAGCAGUGGCCACUUCAAAUACUUGGGAAGAUUUCAGCGGCUUGGCGGCGCGGGCGCUGACCUGCCUAUUCUUCAUCGGUCUUCGCUCCCAGGUCGCCUUCCCUUACACCUCGCUUCUGCCAACCGUUCUCCAGGAUAGCCUCGACAAUAACGAGGGCUCUCCAUCACCUAUGCUCGCCAUCAAAGACUUGACCAUCGAGAAACUUCAGCGCUACAUUGACCAAACUAACAAGUACCUGCCUUCGGACAAGCACAUCCAGGUUUCCCUUAUCAAUGGCCCUCGCUCUUUUGUUCUCUCGGGUCCUCCUAUGUCUCUUUAUGGUUUGAAUCGCUCCAUCCGUGCUGACAAGGCCGGCGACGAGAGUGUAGGCCGCACUCCUUUCUCGCAGCGUAAACUGCGCAUCACUACUCGUUUCUUGCCUAUCACCGCUCCUUUCCAUUCAUUCUUGCUUCAACAUGCAACAGACAAGAUCAUCGACGAUAUCACAAAGUGUGGAGCCGGUUUCAAUGCUGCCGAUCUCGCCAUUCCGGUUUAUGAUACCUUCGACGGCUCGGACUUGCGCGAAUGCUCAAAUCUCACCGCUCGUUUGAUCAAGCUCAUUACCGAGUUGCCCGUAAACUGGGAAAAGGCAACUGCAUUCAAGGGUAUCACGCAUCUUAUUGACUUUGGCCCCGGCGGAGCUGCUGGUCUUGGUCAACUUACCCACCGUAACAAGGAGGGCACUGGUGUCCGCGUUAUUGUUGCCGGUGUGCUUGGCGGGCGUGGCUUGUCCGAUGAGCUGGGUUUCAAGCAAGAGCUUUUCAAUCGCUCUACACUUUCCUUAAAGUACGCCCCUGAUUGGAAAGAAAGUUUCUCCCCCAAGUUGGUGCGUACUUCUAAAGGCAAGGUAUUUGUCGAUACCAAGUUCUCUCGCUUAUUGGGUCGUGCUCCUAUUAUGGUCCCUGGUAUGACCCCCAGCACUGUUUCCCCUGAGGUCGUCGCCGCCACUAUGAACGCCGGUUACCACAUUGAGUUGGCUGGUGGUGGCUACUUCUUGGAGGACACUUUGGUCAAGGCUCUGGAACAAGUUCAGAAACUCACAUCUCCUGCUAUGGGUAUUUCGUUGAACGUCCUUUAUGUCAAUCCUUUCAUGUUGCAAUGGUGUAUCCCUAUGGUGGAAAAGCUCCGUAAACAGGGCUUCCCUCUUGAAGGUUUGACAAUUGGUGCCGGUGUCCCUAGUGUUGAAGUCGCUAACGACUACAUCCGCAACUUGGGUCUGAAGCAUAUUUCCUUCAAGCCUGGUACUGUCGAAAGUAUUUUGCAGUGUGCUCAGAUCGCUGCUGCGAACCCAGAUUUCCCUGUCAUUGUUCAGUGGACUGGUGGCCGUGGUGGUGGUCAUCACUCUUUCGAGGACUUCCAUCAGCCUAUUCUGGCCACUUAUGGUCAGCUUCGUAAACAGCCCAACUUGAUUCUGAUUGCUGGUUCCGGUUUUGGUGAUGCUGAGAGCAGCUAUCCUUACCUCACAGGUGAGUGGUCUACCAAGUUCCAGUAUCCUCCUAUGCCGUUCGACGGUCUCUUGAUGGGUUCGCGUUGUAUGGUUGCGAAAGAGUUCCACACCUCCCCUGCUGCUAAGCGUGCUAUCGUCGAUGCCCCAGGUGUUGAAGAUUGUCACUGGGAGGGAACUUAUACCAAGCCCACAGGCGGUAUCAUCACCGUCAUGUCUGAGAUGGGUGAGCCGAUCCACAAGCUUGCCACUCGUGGUGUUAUGCUUUGGAAGGAUCUCGAUACCAAAAUUUUCGCCGUGCCCCGUGGUCCCAAGCGGGUGGCUGCUCUGCUAGCCAUGAAAGACACCUUGAUUAAGCGCUUGAAUGAUGACUUCCAAAAGCCCUGGUUUGGUCGCAAGACCGAUGGCUCUGUUGCCGAUCUCGAUGAGAUGACCUAUGGCGAGGUUGUGGAGCGUUUGGUUGAGUUGCAAUUUGUGCGCACCGAGCGCCGCUGGAUCGAUGUCUCUUUGCGCAACAUGACUGCUCAGUUUGUCCGCCGUGUUGAGGAGCGUCUUACCCAACAACAGCAGCGUCUUUCGGUUUUGCAGUCAUUUUCUCAACUCGAUGAUCCAGAUUCUUUCUUGGGUCUGUUCUUCGCUGAGUAUCCCGAGGCUCGCCAGCAGAUCAUUCAGGCACAGGAUAAGGACUAUUUCUUGAUGCUUUGUCUCGACAAGUUCAAGAAGCCUGUCCCAUUCAUUCCUAUACUUGACGAUAACUUCGAGUUCUACUUCAAAAAGGAUUCUUUGUGGCAGAGUGAGGAUCUCGCUGCUGUUGUCGAUCAAGAUGUUGGACGGACGUGUAUUCUUCAGGGCCCUGUUGCUGCACGUUACUCUAAGGUGGUUGACGAACCAAUUGGUAAGAUUCUUGACGACAUCCAUGAGGGUCACAUCAAUCACUUGAUCAAAGACCACUAUGAGGGUGAUAAAUCGUCUAUCCCUACCAUCGAAUGCUUCGGUGGCCCAGCUCCUUCCGAGGACGCUGGCUUUGAGUUCGACUAUCCCCACGCUACUAUCUCCAAGCAUGGUAACACCCAGAUUUACUCAAUCGACCAUGACUGCACUGAUCUCCCUCCCCUCGAAGAGUGGCUUGCUGCAUUGGCUGGAUCCCACUACGGUUGGCGCUACGCUUUGCUUUCUUCGCAUCGUAUUGUUCAAGGAAACAAACAUGUUGCCAAUCGUUUGCGUGACGUGUUUGGUCCUGCUCCUGGUCUCACCGUCAAGUUCGAGAACUUUGAUAACAUGGAGAAGCUGAAGAUCAGCGUUUUCGAGCGCGCCCGUGGCCAGGAACAUCUAGUCGCUUUUGCCAAAUGGGCUGGUGAUGGAAUCAUCGAUGUCUCUCUCCGUGAGUGGCGCACGGCUGAUGGCAAACCUGCUGAUCUACCUCUUGAGUACCGGUAUGAUCCAGCGGUUGGCUACGCUCCUAUUUCUGAGAUUACCGAAGGUCGUAAUGAUCGUAUUAAGAAGUUCUACUGGACAGUUUGGUUCGGUGCUGAUUCGAAAUACGAGACUAUUGAUGACCUCAAAUCUCCUUGGAAUGAGGAACCUGUGAUCAUUGAUCCCGCUGCUGUUCAGGACUUUGUUAAUGCCGUCGGAAACAAGGGCGAGGCCUAUGUCUCACUGCCAAACCGCAAGGUAUUCGCUCCUAUGGACUUUGCGAUUGUGCUGGGCUGGAAAGCUAUUAUCAAGGCUAUUUUCCCUGCGGUUAUUGAUGGUGACCUGCUUCGUCUUGUUCAUCUCUCCAACGGUUUCAAGAUGAUUCAGGGUGAGGCUCCACUUGCUGAGCGUGAUAUUGUUAGCACCAGUGCUCGUAUCACUUCGGUCACUAACAGCGCGUCUGGCAAAACUAUCGAGGUUAUGGGUACUUUGGUUCGCGGUGGCCGCCCCGUUAUGGAGGUCACUUCCCAGUUCCUGUAUCGUGGCGACUUCAAGGAUUAUCCUGCGACGUUCCGUGUCCAGGAUGAGAUCCCCAUGGAGCUUACUUUAGCCACUGCUCGUGAUGUUGCUAUCUUACGCUCCAAGGAGUGGUUCCAUCCCCGUGAGGAGACUGCCGACUUUAACUUGCUGGGCAAGACCCUUAUUGCUCGCUGCAACUCUACUGUGCACUACAAGGAUGCCAAGUCGUUCUCAAGUGUUUUGACCACUGGUCAACUGCUGCACGAGCUCCCCACCAAGGAGAUUGUGUACGUCGCAGAUAUUGUUUACGAAGCCGGUGAGUCUUAUGGUAACCCCGUUGUCGACUAUAUGCAGCGUAUGGGCCAGCCCAUCGAGCAGCCUGUUCCCUUCGAUAAGCCCAUUCCUUUGACAGCUGAGCCUUUGGAAUUGCGCGCUCCUGUUUCAAAUGAGCUCUAUGGUGCGGUGUCUGGUGAUUAUAACCCCAUCCAUGUUUCUCGCGUGUUUGCUAGCUACGCUGGCCUCCCAGGAACCAUCACCCAUGGCAUGUUUUCUUCUGCAUCAGUUCGCGCCCUGGUUGAGGUCUGGGCUGCUGAUAAUGUGAUUCAACGCUGCCGUGCUUUCAGCUGCCAAUUCGUUGGUAUGGUCUUACCUAAUGACAUUCUUGAGACUCGUCUUGAGCAUGUAGGCAUGAUCAAUGGUCGUAAGAUCAUCAAGGUUCAGACUACCAAGCGUGAGACUGGUGAACCAGUUCUUAUUGGUGAGGCGGAGGUUGAUCAGCCAACUACUGCCUACGUCUUUACCGGUCAGGGUUCGCAAGAGCAGAAUAUGGGUAUGGACUUGUACAACUCUAGUCCUGUGGCCCGCGAGGUUUGGGAUCGUGCUGAUCGUCACUUUGUGGAGACAUAUGGUAUCUCGAUUCUCAAGAUCGUUCGUGAAAACCCUCGUGAGCUCACUGUGCAUUUUGGUGGUGAGCAGGGCAAGCGUAUUCGUGAGAAUUACAUUGCCAUGACUUUCGAGACAAUCGACAGCGAAACUGGUGAUCUCAAGCGAGAGCCCAUCUUCAAGUCUAUCAACCAAGAGAGUAGCCACUACACCUUCUUGUCUCCUAAUGGUCUGCUUGCUAUGACCCAGUUCACUCAGCCCGCGCUCACUUUGAUGGAGAAGGCCUCUUUCGAGGACAUGCGGUCGAAGGGUCUUGUUGACUCGAACUCGAUCUUCGCCGGUCACUCUCUCGGUGAGUACUCUGCUCUUGCUUCUUUGGCCGAUGUCAUGCCCGUUGAGAGUUUGGUCGACGUUGUUUUCUACCGCGGUAUGACCAUGCAGGUCGCUGUGCCUCGUGACGAGCUUGGUCGCUCCAACUACGGUAUGAUUGCCAUCAACCCCAGUCGCAUUUCUCCUACCUUCAGCGAGCCUGCUCUGCGACUUGUUGUGGAGGAGACGUCCAAGACCACCAAGUGGUUGUUGGAAAUCGUCAAUUACAAUGUUGCUAACCAGCAGUAUGUUGCUGCCGGUGAUCUUCGUGCUCUUGACACCUUGACUAACGUUCUCAAUGUGAUGAAGAUCAAGAAGAUCAACGUUGAUAAGCUGCAGGAGAUGAUGAGUGUCGAGGAGCUCAAGGAGCACUUGGCCGAGAUCGUGCGGGAGGUUUCAGUAAAGUCUGUCAACAAGCCUCAGCCCAUUGAGCUUGAGCGUGGCUUUGCUACUAUUCCCCUGCCUGGCAUCUCUGUGCCUUUCCACUCUUCUUAUUUGCUUUCCGGUGUCAACCCGUUCAAGACGUUCUUGUCCAAGCGUAUUGCCAAGAAUGCCGUCAAGCCUGCCAGCCUGGUUGGCAAGUAUAUUCCCAAUCUGACCGCUAAGCCCUUCGAGGUGUCCAAGGAGUACUUCGAGGAGGUCUACAAGUUGACAAACAGCGAGCAGAUCAAGGAUAUUCUUGACCGCUGGGACGAUCUGACUCGCGACGAAUAG